UAUAGUCAUCAGUGAAUCAGUGGAUGUCAGUUAGUCAGUUGCGAGCGACUUGCGGGUGACGAACUCCUCUCUGUGGUUGAAAAAAAGUAAAAAUAAGAAGAUAAAGGGACUGUACUUCUCUCGGUUUUAUGCGAUGUAUUGAAAUACGCUGUUUUUUGUUUCCUUCUGGAAAAAUAUCAGUAGAAACCGGAAUAUAAACUAACUGAAAAUUUGGCGGAUUUUUUGGAGAUUGAAUCUUGAAUUUUCCAGACUAAGAGAAAAAUCAAAGGGGUGUACUCCUCAUAAAAAAAAUCAUGCCUCUGUUCGGAAAGUCACAAAAAAGUCCGGCGGAGGUGGUAAAAGCGUUGAAAGAAGCCGUCAAUGCACUGGAGCGCGGAGACAAAAAAGUAGAAAAGGCACAAGAAGAUGUCAGCAAAAAUCUCGUGCACAUAAAAAAUAUGCUUUAUGGUACAGCUGAAUCAGAGCCGCAAACUGACAUUGUAGUUGCCCAGCUUGCCCAGGAGCUUUACAAUAGUAAUUUAUUACUUUUACUCGUACAGAACCUCAGUCGUAUCGAUUUUGAGGGUAAGAAAGAUGUUGCUCAAGUUUUCAACAAUAUUUUACGAAGGCAAAUUGGCACAAGAUCACCGACAGUUGAGUAUAUCUGCACGAAACCAGAAAUACUAUUCACACUCAUGUCUGGCUACGAGCAUCAAGAUAUCGCUCUAAACUGCGGUACAAUGCUACGCGAAUGUGCCAGAUACGAAGCACUCGCUAAGAUCAUGAUUUACUCGGAUGAUUUUUACAAUUUCUUCAGAUACGUCGAAGUGUCGACGUUCGACAUUGCUUCAGAUGCCUUUUCUACGUUUAAGGAAUUGCUUACAAGGCACAAAAUUCUGAGUGCCGAAUUUUUAGAAGUCAAUUACGAUAAGGUAUUUUCGCACUAUCAGAGGUUACUCAAUUCCGAAAAUUACGUUACACGACGACAAAGUUUAAAGCUGCUGGGUGAACUUCUCCUCGAUAGACACAAUUUCACCGUCAUGACCCGGUACAUAUCGAAUCCCGAUAAUUUGAAACUUAUGAUGAACAUGCUGAAAGAGAAAUCACGGAACAUUCAAUUCGAGGCCUUCCACGUAUUCAAGGUGUUUGUGGCUAAUCCAAACAAACCAAAACCAAUACUGGACAUAUUGCUUCGCAAUCAAGAAAAAUUGAUCGAGUUCCUGACGCGCUUCCACACAGACCGAUCGGAGGAUGAGCAAUUUAAUGACGAGAAGGCGUACCUCAUCAAACAGAUCAAAGAGCUCAAGUCUGUGCACGAGAACUAGAACGGAGAACUGUUUCUAGUUUCAGUUAAUUUUUUUUCCUUUUCUUUCUUUAAAAAAAAAAAAUUUUUUUUUCGUUUAAAGUAAUUGUGUAAAUACAAUUCACAUUCGCAAUUUAUUAUUGUAACAUACAGAACAGACUUGAGACAACAUUAUAAUACUCUACAACCAAGAAAACUAAUAAUAAUGUGGAUGAAAAGAAAUGGCGAAAAGAAGAGAAAUCGAUUGGUUAUAUAAAAAUCGCUCUGUAUGGCAGCUCCAAAAAGUAACGUAUGUAAAAUUCCCUUCGCGUCUCUAUUCCCGUGUCUCAGGGUGACUACAAAUCAUUUCGUUGCGGACUAACCGGAUUGGCGCUACAGUUUUAAAAUCGUUUUUACAAUAUUUCGUCGUUUUAUUUGUUUGUUAAACUGCUCGUGGUAUAUUCUUAGAUGGCUAACAUGAGAAUAUAUAAAUAAAUUGGCAAUUAAUAUCGCUGAAAGAGGUAAAAACGAUUUGAAAAAUGGAAUAACGAUGGUUUAGCUCCUGAGCGUAAUCACUACUCGAGAUGUUUUUGCUUGUUUCGGUAAUUACAGCAACAGCAACAGGCUUGUCAAACGGUUUUAAACCGCAAAAGUAAUUUCCGGUAUGGCGUGAAUGGGCGCAUCGCAAAUGCCUCGACGCGACCACGCAGGUUGCCUCAAUUAAGGCAAUUCUGAUAAUAGAAAAAAAAAAGAGAGAUCUUAUCCCCUUUGCUAUUGUCCAACUUUCGAUGCGAUUCUUUGACGUGCGCGUAAUUUUUUGUAGCUGCUUUACUCGCUCUCGGUUUUUGUUUUUCUACACAUUUCACUUUAUUCUACACGCUGCAAAUGUAUUACGUAUACUGAGAUAAGCAAUUUCUGCUUCAUUUUCCGCUAAAGAAAAAAAAUUAUUGUAAUCCUCCCACUCUUUUUCCCCAACCCCCCAAUAUUAUAUGUAUAGAAUUGACUGUUGAAACGAAAAAAAAAUAAUUGUAACGCCAAACAAUAAUUAUUGUUUAUUAUAUUUAUUGCAAUAAAAGUAUUAUAAAAAAAGAG